AUGGCAGCUAAUAUUCCGACGCUUGCCCUAUAUGUUGAUUACCAAAAGGCUUAUGAUCGUGUAUGGCAUGCUGCUCUAAUCUGUAAACUAGAAAAAAUGGGUAUGCCUUUCAACUUGUUGAAAAUGACUAAUAGUUGGUUAAAAGAUAGAAAAGCUUACGUAGAAUAUGGUGAAAUAACUUCGAAAAUAUUUAGUAUAAAUAUAGGACUGCCGCAGGGUAGUAGUCUUAGUCCGUAUUUAUUUAUAGUGUUUCACUCAGAUCUAACAAAUUAUCUAGGAGCUCAUGCAUGUCAUUUAUUUGCAGAUGACCUGUGUGUAUUAAUUAAACCGCCAAUAAUGAAAAAAUUAGGUUCUAUGAUUGACUACUUAGAAAAAGAAGGUACAAGAGUUUGUAAUCAGGGUGAUUUACAAGCAACGAAACCAGAACGUAAAUAUUACUAUAAACGAUGGAUUGAUCCUACAUAUGAUACAUCACUAGAUCAUCGUUUAAAGGAAGAGAAUGAGCACAAAUAUGAAGAAGCUAGACUAACAACUGAGAUCGUUGCUAAGUAUAACAAUAGUCUCAAACAAAAACUACAUUUAUGUGUACUUGUUUUCGAUGGACGCGUCGAUGAACCAUUGGAAAAAUAUUAUGAGAAUUGUAUUGUAAAACAUUUAGGUACACAAUCUCGUACAAUAUUUGCACGAACAAAAUGGGAUUCUAUGUACAUGAAAACGGACGCAGUACUCAAGAAGGAAGAAAAUGAACAAAGACAAUUAUUGAUUGAAACAGUUAGAUUAGAUGAAAAUGAAGCUCGAAUUGUGUUUACAACUGGAUUAAUUGAUAAAGAUGCUGAAAAUGAUCCAGAAAUAGUGCAAAUGAUUCGUGGAAAAGGAUUUAAUAAUGAGAAUUUACAAAAUAUGAUUCGUCAAACGGUGGAUCAUCAUUGGGAUAAUCUUCAAAUAGAAAGAAAAGCAAAUGAACAAGCAUUAGUCGCAUCAAAUCAAAAUAAUAACAUUACAGUUUAUACUCGUACAGCUCACUUUAUAAAUAAUAUACGUCAAAAAGAUUCUGAUGGUACUGAAUAUCAUUGGUUUUCAUUUGAAAAGUUUCAAAGAUUUACAUUUCAAAAGGUUGAUUGCGAGAUACCUACCGAUUAUGCACAAGAUCCACCUCAUAAAAUUAUUCGACAAUUAUAUAAAAAUGCAACAAAAAAAGAAAUAGAGCGAUCAGAAGCAAUAGAAAAACACUUUCCAGACUUGAAGACAAAGAAGUUAAAUAUUAAUAGUCAAGUUGCGAGUGAAGCGACCAAACGAGCUGAACUGAUUAAAAAUACGACUAGUUUCGAUACAAAGCCGUUCAAAAUAUAUUCAAGUGCUGAUUUUGUUUAUUAUUGCAAAACAGGUCAACAGCCACCAUUAGACGAUGAACUUUGGACAAAUAUAUAA